UUUUGAUGAAGAGAGUUUACAUUCAAAGAGAAAAUUUAGUUGGCACAAAUACCUUUUGAAAUCACUCAAGAGACAGGUUCUGCAAUUACAAAUGCGAUGAGACCUGUGAUGAGUUCCAACGCAGGUUGGAUCAAACAGAUAGGAAUAACCGCAAGCUGCAACCCUUGAAUAUUAACAACUCGUGGGUUAGGAAUGUACACCAGUAUAAGACUAAAGCAGGAGGUGCAAUCUCUCAGAUAAAUCAAGACCAGGUAAUAGCUGUCUGAAGUGAAGCAUUUGCCAUCAGGACUGCUCCAAAGAAGACCUAUAUUCCUAAAGAACAGCCUAUCGAUCUGGACUAUAAGUAUUCAGUAGUUGAUAGAAAAACAUGUUUCAGAACUCAGAUGACCAGAACUCUUUACAAAAGGAAAACCAAAAAAUUAGACACUAGGCUGACUACUAGGCAGAAGAAGAGACUUAGUAGUGAAAUUUCUUAAUUAAAGAACCUUAAUAACUCUAAUACUUGUUCUGUAAAAUAUUUAUCA